UUACGCUCAAAGCGGCUUAGCUCCUUCUACCCCGCCUCCACAGCCACAGCCGCCCUCCGCCACGGCGAGAGCUUUCGUUCCACUCCUCCACCUACCACGAAAUCCCAUUCCAACCACAGCAAUGCAAUGCGACUUAUCGAUGUUGAUACGAUUGAGAUUAAAACGUUUGGCGAGAGAGAUGUCCCGGAAUACGCCAUCCUUUCGCACACCUGGGGCGCCGACGAGGUUACGUUUCAGGAGCUCACCUGGAUCAACAGAGUACGGGCCGUGCGAUCAAUGCCUGAGACCCAGGACAGUCAAGCCACCAUAAACGGGCACCUAGAUGGUAGCGCGACAGUCGUGCUUGCCGCUAUGGAAAUGCUUGUCAAAGGGACCUGGAAUCCUGGCACUGGCCUUCCGGACAUUUCCGAUGAAGCGCUCAUGGGCAGGUACGGGUAUGCGAAGAUUGUGAAUUCGGCCAGGACAGCUAAAGAGCUGGGCUACCGGUGGCUAUGGUGCGAUACGUGUUGCAUCGAUAAGACGUCCAGUGCUGAGCUGCAGGAAGCCAUCAACUCUAUGUUUCGCUGGUACAACGAAUCGGCAGUUUGCCUGGUGUACCUGAACGACAUACCGCCAGAAUCGGCCAUCUUUGAUACGCAAGCCACAUCCGAAGUAGCGAGUAACGCAUUCACCAAGUGUCGCUGGAUUACCAGAGGCUGGACCCUACAAGAGCUCGUCGCACCUUCUUCCGUACGUUUUUACUACCAGGAUUGGACUUUGAUGGGUGACAAAGGCGAAUUCAUAGAGGAAUUAUCGAACGCUACUGGAAUCCCCAUCUUCGUGCUCGAGAACGGCGACCUGAGCGAGGUAUCACUCGCAGAAAGAAUGUCGUGGGCCUGCUAUCGACAGACGACUCGAAUAGAAGACAUGGCGUACUGCCUUCUGGGAAUCUUCGACAUCCAAAUGCCAAUGCUCUACGGCGAAGGCGAAAAGGCAUUUAUCCGGCUCCAAGAAGAAAUCCUGAAGACCACGGACGAUUAUUCACUUUUCGCAUGGCGAGCCGUGAACUCCGAGAAGUCCAUUUACCGGGGCCUCCUCGCGCGCUCACCUCUCGAAUUCAGAGACUGUGGGUCCAUUGAGCGAGAAAGCAAUCCUUCGACCUUCCCUAUCCAUUCAACGCCCAUCGGGCUCGGCGUACAACUCGAAUUCCUAGCCGUUCCAAGGGACAAGUCUCGCUUCCUGGCCAUGAUACGGUGUAGCAACCACAUGAACCAGCGACUCGCCAUUCACCUCAAACGGCUGGACGACGCAAAUCAGUACGCGCGCGUGGAUGCGGGCACUCUGGUACCGAUCGAUAACUGGCCAACCGGGCAGCUGCGGAUCAUCUACGUGCGACAGAAGGUCUCCAUCCUACACGACUUUUACACGCCAGAGAUGCGGUGUUUCCAUGUCCAACGGCGGGUUACGGAUCGCUCGAUACCGCCGGUGCGCAUCACGGGCGCUUUCCCGCCCGAGAAUUGGAAUCAGGAAAAGCACGAACUGUGCAUUCCAGAAACAAGUAAACAGUGUUAUGGAGUGCUAUUUCUUCGAGGGCAGUCCUCGUCAUAUGGCUAUUCGACGAACUUCCAGGUCGUGGUGGGCUUUGACCGCAGCAGCAAGCAUUACUGGUGUAAAGCCGUGGAGCACAAUUGGCCGGAUCCUAGCGUGGACCAUGCUAGAUGGCGUUCUGUCAUCCAGCGGAUGGUGCCUGAAGCCACGCGUGACCCGCUGCUCAAGCACGAUAUGAAGCAUGACAUCUUUGUGAUUGGGGACAGUGGACUAGGUGUGAAUGUCAGUAUAAGAGGUGGAUUAUGUGGAGAUAGUGUUGCGCUUCAGGUCUUGGUUGAUGGUUUGCUGAAGGGUCGUUGACGCGGAGAAAUCAAGACGUCUAGAUCAAAUCGCCAUCUAGACCCAUUCCUUGCUUCCAUCCUAAAAAUGGAGACACUUAUCGCAUUCCUCGAUCGAACGCUCCGCCCACUCCAGACGCCCUGCAAACCUCUUCGAUCUGCGCCAGACUCGGGAACCGCCAUGGUAGCGGGUGUGCUGAUCCGAC